AUGCGCCCAGCAAGAACGCUAUCGUCCGGUCUCCGUGCCUUCAACUCUGCACUUCCGCGGGCACUGCUCUCACAACCCAAAUCGCGACAUUUCUCUCAGCUGCUCUCUCACACUCCUCAACCUUCACCAACCCCUUCAUCGAGACUUCUUCGGACUACAUUCCCCCAACUCGCCGUCCGAAACAACUCCAGCUCAUCAUCAUCAUCCCCCCCGAACCUCACCGAUCAAACCUCAAACGCCGCUCAGGACGCAGCCAACGAAGAGCAGAACAGGUUACGCCGCGAGCAAGAACCCGCAUAUCAGAUUACAUUCACCUGCAAACCAUGUGGUCAUCGAUCUUCGCACCGUAUGUCCAAACAUGGCUAUCACCGCGGGACGAUCUUGAUCCGCUGCCCGUCUUGUCUCAACCGCCACGUUAUCGCCGAUCACCUCAAUAUCUUCAUGGAUAAGAAAAGCACCCUCGAGGAUAUCUUACAGCGGGAGGGGAAGCGAUUGACUCGCGGUUAUGUUGACGGAGACAUGGAAUUCUGGGAGGAUGGGACGGUGAAGAAGCGCGAGGAAGCCGGUGAGGGCUCGGAGGCCAAGUAG